CCCCAUUGCUCCCUCUUCCGCCCUCUCCGAACUGACUCCCUCCCUCUUUUUUUUCUUCUAUUGAGCAAUUCUUCUCGCAACUCCUAAAGAUUUCUUCUGCUUCUCUGAAUCUUACGCUUCGCAUCUAAGAGCGAAAGAUUGAGGUAAGAGACCUCUGGUUCUUAGGAGGAAGCCAUCGAUGUGCUUCUCUCGAGGAAGGGAUGCGAUUUUUGGAGAGUUUUGAACGGCGACCGCUCGGUGAAUCCCCUCGGCAUUGGACAUGAUGAGGUCUCCUCGCUUGAGAUCGAUGUUUUGUUUCGUUUCUUGUUGAUAAGGAGAUGGCUGGAUGCUAGAGGCGGCGAUGGAGGCCUUGAACGCUUCGCUGGGUGGAGAUUGCUCUCUAUUCCGGCGGGUAUCUGGUUAUAGAUCCAGUUUGUGGGGUUUUGGGAGCGGAAGUCGGCUUCUGGCCGGAAAAGGAGAGCAACUGUCGGUUCCCGGCGAGACAUCUGAUUUCCGUUUAGCGAGAAGCUUGGAUUGUGCUCAUCUGAAGAAGUUAAUGCCCUCUGACAUAGAAAGGAUCCACAUUUCCAGAUACAGAGUAAGCCCAGAUUGCGUCCCCCUCAGCAAUGGAAGGAAGAACAGCCUGAGAACCUGCAAGGAAGACGACGCCGACAACGGUGGGCGGAUCCCAAACUACUCCCCCUUUGAAGGGAAACCUCCCAGGCGUUCUGGGUCGGGAUCGACCGUGCCCCAGGACCACCACUCCCCCCACGUCCCCUUCCCAUCCGACUCCUCCCAGUCCGAGAAUCAACCGCCCUAUGCCGCCGCAGACUCCACUCCGCCGGCCGCGAAAGCCCCGAGUCACCACCAUGAGAUCAACGGGGUGUCGCGAGGGAGCGGGGAUGUGCUUCUCCAGUGGGGCCACAAGAAGAGAUCCCGGGGUUCGAGAGCGGAGAGCCGGCCGGCUGCCGGGAAUGGCUCGGUCCACUCGCGCCAGAUGAUCAAGAUCCAGCGGAGAUCGGCGGCCGCCGGGGCGGAGAAGCUCGCCGCCGCCGCCGCCGCCGCCGCCGCGGCGUCUGCGGCGAUGCCCCCGCCCUGUGGGUCCUACACACGCGGCGCCAAUCUCCGGCCUUGCUUGCCCUCCCGCGACGCGAUGGCCUCCUCGAUCAACAGAGAGGAGAGAGCGGCUGGUGCUUUUGUGCUGGGUGCGUGGAGUCUGCAGAGCACAAGUUCAUUGAUGGAUGGACUCUUUUGGGCCUCUAGGGGCGUCGAAGAGCGAUCGGGCGGCCUGUCGAGAUCCGAGAAGCGAUCCCCACCUUCCCCGGCGGAGAAGACCCAGAAGGGGGCUCCCAACGGCACCGCUGCGGAUGCGAAUCCGGCGGACUCGAAGGCGCCGUCCGACCAGGAGAUGGGCGGCAGCAACGUGGCGGCCACCACGGGGGAGAAGCUGAACCUGGAGAACUUCGAGUGGCCGAGGAUCUAUAUCUCUCUCUCGAGGAAGGAGAAAGAGGACGACUUCUUGGCCAUGAAGGGCACCAAGCUCCCCCAGCGCCCCAAGAAACGGGCCAAGAACAUCGAUAAAACCCUCCAGUAUUGUUUUCCAGGGAUGUGGCUUUCGGACUUGACCAGAGGACGAUAUGAAGUGAGGGAGAAGAAAUGCGUGAAGAAGAAGCGGAGAGGGUUGAAGGGAAUGGAGAGCAUGGACAGUGAUUCGGAGUAGUGAUGGAGAAAAUAAGAAUAAUAUGAAUCCGAAGCCGGGGCUGAUGAGAGAAGAACAUGGGGGAAAAGGAGGAAGCGAGGUUCGGACGAUGGAGCCUUUCCGAUGCUUUGUUUUGGGUGUGCUCCUCUCCUAUAUAUCUUGGCAUCUUGCUGUUCCUCCCUUACUUUUCUUCCCCUUUUCUUUUUUUGCUUUAAUCUUUUUGGUUGUUCCUCCGAGCUUUUUUGUUUUUUAAAAACGGAUGGAGGAGCGGUGCGGCCCUUCUGUCGUCGAGCUCUUGUAUAGAUCUCCAGUUCUCAUUUUAAUGAGAAGAAAUUCUUCAAAUGGAAUUACAGAAAAUUAUCUUUCAAAUGUCAUCUUCUUUAUACUUGAUGAUGGUGGAAAGGACUAUGAAGCAUGAUAGCUUAUCACCUUCCUCUUUUUCCUCAAGGCCUGCACCAAGCUCAAAUCGGCCUAUGCUUGACCCCAGAUGCAUGGAAUGGCUUUGAAGCUUGGAUUGGAAUUCCCUGCAAAUUCUUGAGGAAUACUUUCAUGGAUCUACAUGCGAAUUGUGGAGAUUUGGUAACCUGCUGGUGGUCCUUUUGGACCUCAGAGAAGGGAUAUAGUUUGCUCAAUCUGCUCUUUUUGCAGGCUAUGCAAGAAGAGGCAAAUUAAAUGUUUCUCAUUAGUCAUUAGUGGUUCGAUGAGUCCGUUUACAGAGAUUUCAUCGCUUGGAACACAGUAGAGAAGGCUAGAGAGCUAUUUGGUUGGGUAUUGGAAGGGGAUGUUGUUUUAUGGGCUGUUAUUUCUGAUCAAUUUGUUCUAUAACAAAUCCAAGAAUAUGAUCCAAAACUCAACCAGAAUAGCAGCAACAAAUUAACUGCAAGAAACAUCAAAUCAAACCAAACCGUGAUGAAAACCAAUUAGGCAGUUAGCGAAUAGCUAGCAAUGAAUUAAAGAAUGAAUACUAGGCUUACGGGAA